CCCCCCGAGGGAGGGGGCCCAGGCGGUUCCUCCCCGGGCUGGAGGUGGGGGCCGCCGGGCUGCCGCCGGGCUCUAACGUCUGCGCCCGCCGCGGAGUCGCCGAGCCCGCGGGCUGCUGAUUGUUCCCUUUGGCGGCGCCUCCGGAGCUGCGGGACCCGGGGACUCGCAGCGGCCGGAGCGAGCGCGCUCCUCCACAGACCACCGCCCGCCGGGAGCCAGAGUCAGCCUUCAAGAUCUGAGUCUUGCAGUGGGUGUGGCCACAGGCCGGGGACUGGAACUGCGUGUGGCUCGCCGGGGCCAGUGUGUGGAGCUGUGGCAUCAUGCCAGCCUUGGCCACGGGACCUGGUACUGACACAGGUCUGUGUGAGCUGUUGGCUGCUCUAGCAGCACAGCUGCAGCCACAUGUGGACAGCCAGGAAGACCUGACCUUCCUCUGGGACAUGUUUGGUGAAAAAAGCCUGCAUUCACUGGUCAAGAUUCACGAGAAACUCCACUACUACGAGAAGCAGAGUCCCGUGCCCAUUCUCCACGGCGCGGCAGCCUUGGCCGGUGACCUGGCCGAGGAGCUUCAGAGCAGGCCAGGCAGCAGCGAGAUCCGAGAGCUGUUGAAACUGCUGUCCAAACCCAACGUCAAGGCUUUGCUGUCUGUACACGACACUGUGGCGCAAAAGAACUAUGACCCGGUGCUGCCACCCAUGCCCGAUGACAUCGACGAUGAGGAAGACUCCGUGAAGAUCAUCCGCCUGGUCAAAAACAGAGAGCCACUGGGAGCUACCAUCAAGAAGGAUGAGCAGAGCGGCGCCAUCGUGGUGGCCAGGAUCAUGCGGGGCGGAGCUGCGGAUCGCAGUGGGCUCAUUCACGUGGGCGACGAGCUCCGGGAAGUCAACGGGAUCCCCGUUGAGGACAAAAGGCCCGAGGAAGUCAUACAGAUUUUGGCCCAGUCCGAGGGAGCCAUCACGUUUAAGAUCAUUCCCAGCAUCAAGGAGGAGACACCAGCCAAGGAAGGCAAGAUGUUCAUCAAGGCCCUCUUUGACUACGAUCCCACGGAGGACAAGGCGAUCCCGUGUAAGGAAGCCGGACUCGCGUUCAGAAAGGGAGACAUCCUGCAGAUCAUGAGCCAGGACGACCCGACGUGGUGGCAGGCGAAGCAUGAAGGCGACGCCAACCCCAGGGCGGGCCUCAUUCCCUCUAAGCAUUUCCAGGAAAGGAGAUUGGCCCUGAGACGAGCAGAGAUAUUAGUUCAGCCCUUGAAAGUCUCCAGCAGGAAAUCAUAUGCCACGUUCCCUGGGCACGGCAGCGGAACCUACCUAGCCGGCUUUCGAAGAAGCUUCCGGCUUAGUAGAAAAGAUAAGAAAACAAACAAGUCCAUGUACGAGUGCAAGAAGAGCGAACAGUACGACACAGCUGACGUGCCCACCUACGAGGAGGUGACGCCAUACCGGAGACAAACUCACGAGAAAUACCGGCUGGUCGUCUUGGUUGGUCCUGUAGGAGUGGGGCUGAAUGAGCUGAAGCGGAAACUGCUGAUCAGCGACACCCAGCACUACGGUGUGACCGUGCCCCAUACCACAAGAGCAAGAAGAAGCCAGGAAAGCGACGGCGUUGAGUACAUUUUCAUCUCCAAGCACCUGUUCGAGACAGACGUCCAAAACAACAAGUUCAUUGAAUACGGUGAAUAUAAAAACAACUACUACGGCACAAGCAUAGACUCGGUGCGGUCUGUCCUCGCUAAGAACAAAGUUUGCUUGCUGGAUGUUCAGCCCCAUACAGUGAAGCACCUAAGGACGCUCGAGUUCAAGCCCUACGUGAUCUUUAUAAAGCCUCCGUCCAUAGAGCGAUUGAGGGUGACGAGAAAGAACGCCAAGAUCAUCUCCAGCAGAGACGACCAGGCAGCUGCAAAGCCCUUUACGGAAGAAGACUUUCAAGAAAUGAUCAAAUCUGCACAGAUAAUGGAAAGCCAAUAUGGCCAUCUUUUUGACAAAAUUAUAAUAAAUGAUGACCUCACCACGGCCUUUAAUGAGCUAAAAACAACUUUUGACAAAUUAGAGACAGAUACCCAUUGGGUCCCUGUGAGCUGGCUGCAUUCAUAACUUAGGAAAAUCCCCAUAAUUGGUUUUUUAAUUGAGUGCAUGGUUAAAUCAGUUACCAUUUUGGUGGUAGGGUUGUUUUUUUUUUUUUUUUCUCUGUAUCACUGUCAUAGCUGUACAAUCUGGGUUAAAACCAAAUGCCGGUUUUGUGUGUAUCUUUUACAGGCUUAUUUGAAACACAGUGUGUGAGUCUUAAGAGUCAAAAUCAGAAUUUGCACAGUACUGUAUUCCGAGCAAAACUCUGAAACCUUCUUGUAGUCUGUAGUAGAACUCUGUCUGGGCUAGAUUUUUUUUUUUUUCCUUUUAAAGAGACGUAGCUGGAGACUUAAGGUAAUAUGGGACUUCGGUGCUUCAUCCGGGCUCAGAGAUGGGCACCACCGUGCAGUCUGCGCGUUAAGCCCUGGAAGACUUACCUGAGUGGCCUCGGGCAGCUCCAGACAGAUGCGGAAGCUUUGCUGCUCUCCACGUGACCCAUCAUGGAUUUGUCGGGGCUGGCAGGAAGGCAGAGGCCUCGCACAGGUCCCCCAGUGCUUCAUACACAGCACGUUCACACUGUGUGCAUUUUGAAGGAGUCACCAAACGUUGACCUUGAGUGAGUGGCCUCGGCUUAGUAGCUUGGGAAGUCCUGAUGAGUGCACCAGCAAAUAUGCAAUAAGGGAAAAUAGAUUUAAAAAAAAAAAAUCAUUGUGUAUGCAACUAAAAACCCUUCCUUAAGGCUUAGGAAGCCUUAGGAAGAACGAGGGAUACCUUGGGGCAAGAGAUGAUGACACGGGACAUUUUCAUUUGUAAAUCCUCAUGAGACCCUUUCUGAAGCCCCCAAAGUGGUGGGUUUUUAACUGACUGAAUUUUCCCAGUAAAUCAGAAGAACAUGAUUCCCAUUCUGAAACAUAUGAUAUGACUAGAGAAAAUGUCAUCACUUUUCAGAUACGUACAAUGGAUCACCAUACAUUUAAAUUUCAGUAAGAUAGGUCCUGGAAAAAUGUUCAUGUAACAUUAGCUUUUUUGUCACCAAAGCAAUCGUUAACACCAAUGAGACACCAUCGUAACGUUGGCUCUUGUUAGAAGUUCAAGAAAGACUCUUAGAUGGUAAACAUCAAGAUCUCUCGUUUUCUUUAUACUACUGAUCUUCAGCAAGCAAAUCUGAUAAUUUAAAAUAUCAGAAAUAUCUGUAUGCUCCUUAAGAGAAUUCAUUGCAUCUGUGACUUUUAAACCGAAAAAAGAUUAUUUUUUGUUGAUCUGUAAAGAGAGUUUAAAUGUCAUGUUUAAAGAAAAAUAGAAUGUAGUGAAAUUUUAUAUAUUUAUGAACUAUUUGAAAGGCAUAUUUUUUUAAUUUUUAGACGGGGCUAUUCAUAAAACAAAUUGAUUAUAUGUAAAGAUGUCAUAAUUUAAAAUACUAGUUUUGUAACUCGAAGUCAGCAUUCCAUGUAAAUACUUUUCUUGCACAGAUAGAGCCACAAGUGCAUUCGGUAUUUGGUAGAGUUAUGACUCGAUGUCUGUAGACCUGCCAGCUCACCUGCGACAAACACAUUCAGAAACUCCCCCUGCGGCCUGAGAUGCAUUCUCAGCAAAAUCACCAGGUGAUCAGACCAAGCGCUACUUAACCACAGCGUCCAAAUAAUGAGUUCCAAGUCGAUGAGCAACAGUAGUUUAGUUUCAGAAGCAGCAGGUGAGGAGGAAGGUCAUCACACCUUGACUAUGAAGCUAUCGAAUUGUACAGCAGAUCUAAGAAAAGCACAUGUCUUUGUUUGGGAUGGAACAUUUCAGUUCUUGAACACGGAUGAGAAUUUCCUAUAGAGCAAGAACUUCCUGUACCAAGAAUGGGGGUGCAUGCAGCGAGUGCGUGAUUUUGGCAAUCUACUGCAUAAUGUAGGCAGUCCAGAUUCUUUCUCCUUAAACAUCGACAGUGAUUUUCUUUUGAAAAUUUUCACUUGCAGAUAAUCGCUUUGGUUCUUUCCUUGGAGGCUAGAGAGAGUGUGACGGUACUGGAACCUGUCCUUUUUGGUAGUACUGGUGGUGGUGGUGGUAGUAGUGAUGGGGUGUUGCCAAAAUGUGACAAUCCAGGCCUCCUCCCUUUUUUUUUUGUUGUUGUUGUUGUUUUUAAGACCAGAUCUAGAGAACAAUAUUUUCUUAAAUAAUAAAGAGAAAGCACUUUGGCAGUUUGAGAAAUCAGGUAGUAGACAUAGCUUUAUCCAUGGUGUUCACAUAUGGCCAUCUUCAUGUCUGCAGAGAGAUUUCAUUAAAAUUUAGUGUGGCCUGGCCAGACCUGAAGGCCUGCUGAUAACCACAGCAGAGGCCCCAGAACCGGUACUUCCUUCCCAUGGCUCUCUUCUCCGGCGCGGAGAUCAGCAGUGUGCCCUCUGGCCCAGCAGCAAGCUCCCAAGGCAGAGUGGCAGCCACUAUUUGAGAAAAACAGGGGUGCUGGCUUUCAUAAGCCAUGUAAUGAAAACUGAGAACCAAGAAGGAAAUUUUGUGCUCUUGUGACUUGACAAAUUAGAAUUGGUGAAAAGCAAAUAAAAAGAGGAAAUUGAACUUUAUGAUUUUUUUUUUAACCAUGACUUGACUAAGCAAUAUGGGAGUUCUUUCUUGGAAUCUCCUGAGAGUGUGGAAUGAUUGAAAUGUGUCAAAAGUGUAAUAACUCACAAUUGACAAGUAUGUAAACUUCUCAGAGCUACAAAACAUGUUGUUAAAGUCUUCCUGAAGAUACAGAUUUUUAUUAUUUAUUUCCUUUUUGAGUAGUGAGGAUUUAUAAGUAAAUGUAAUGGAAAACCUUUGAUCUUAAUAAAGUAUCUUGGAACAAUGUA